CAUAUUCCCAUCAACGCUGUCAAAUCAUAACAAAACCACUUAAAUCCGCAUUAUUCUUUCAAAGUUUUCCACAAUUUAAUAUCGAGGAGUUACAUGGUUAAAGCUGAUUAAAGUUUAGACAAUUCCGAUAAAAAAUGUUAAAACAGGUGCUGAUGUCCAGAUUUUCCCUGAGAAGGCUCGGCAUCCUACAUCGUACCUUCCUAUCGGAUGCAUAUUCCUGUCGGGAGGCAUGGCAGGCUCGACUGACUACACCGGUUCUAGCACAAGUUAACCACGAUUCUCUAUACUACGAACUGGAACAAAAGUUACACCAAAAAGCCAAAGUGUCCGCAAUCGACAUCGAUAUCUACGCCAACAAAAUGGUAGAUGAUUCCCACAUUGAAGAAGUGGCCGACCUGAUGCACAAAUUCCGUCUCACCGAAGAAACUUCCAACACCCUAGAUUCCACGCAUCACGCAAUUGUCCGGAAUUAUGUCGAACACAGUCACUACUCGGAGUUGAUCGAAUUACUGAAUAAUAGGCUUGGAUACGGCGUUUUUCUAGACGAUUUUACUUCAAAUCUUACACUUGAUCGAUUGAUAACCACUAAUGAGUUCAAGUGGGCAGCUCGGAUCGUCACUCUCUUGGGGCUGCAGGAAGACUUCACAAACCCAAUUACCCGCUCGCUUGCAUUAUACGCUUGCUACCGGUAUGUGAAGUCCGGUGAAAUCGAUCAUUUUGAUGAUUUGAUUCCUCCGCCACCGCAAGAACCGACCGAAGGUAAAAAGAAAAAGAAGGACGAAAUUAAAGUACGAGUUAAUUUCAUCCGUAACGAGUUCUUUGAUGACCAUUUCGAUAUAAAAGACACAAAACUGUUGCUGGGUAAAACGUUCUUCCUGCUAGGCUUGAACAGCGAGGGAGCUGUCGGUAACAGUUCCAAACUGCUCGGUUUGGUUCUAUACGAAAAGUAUUCCAAAGCUGUCGAAUUUGUUCAAACCAGUGCAGGAACCGAAAUCAAUGAAGAGGUUCUAGGUUUAGUGAAAACCUUUUUAGGGAAGCAUGAGCAUAAGGAUGAUGAACACUAUGUAAAGUUAGUUGAUCUACUAGGAACUGCAAACUUUGGGAUGAAGGUGGACGGUGGCAGUUUCGAGAAGUUACUGAUUGAUGGGAUAAAUCGGAGUGUGGAGGACAAUGAAGAGCGGCAAAUAGAGGAACAAAAAUCUAUCUACAUCCAAUGGUGCGAGCUAAGACAGCAUCGUCUUGAGGAAGAGUUGGCCCGAUUGCAACGCGCUAAGCGUAUACAAGAAAUGGAAAAAAUGAGCCGCGAGAUGGAGCAAGAAGAGCAAAAGUUGUGGUUCUUUGAAAAUGAGGACAAACUUGACCUGCAAAUCGAUAGCAAGAAAGUGUUCUAUCCGAAGCGGUGGUUCGGCAAGAAGAAGAAGCCACGGGUCGUUGACGAGGGUUACAUUCCGCCAGAGGUACGCCAACGACAAGGUCAACAGUAGUGCUUACUACUGCCAUGUAGUUCUUUCAACAGUCAAUCCAAGUGCAAAAAUGAAUAAAGCUGGCUUUAAUGGGCA